GCGCCUUCAUACCUAAAUAAUAAUUUAUUUAUGGUCUUCUUUGCUUACGAACCUAAUAAGCACCUAUCUUUAAAUUUUAUUUGGUUUAAAACAACAGUUAAAUGCCAAACUUGUUAAAAUAUACCUAAGUAACUACUUACUUAUUUUGUUUUACGCCUCAUUUGCAAGGCUUAGAUCCAUUUUACUCAUUCUUUAUUUAAAUUGCUAUUUACAUGCAAACAUUAACGCAAUUAUAAGUAAAUUAAACCUAAAACUCAAUUCUAUCUACCUACUUAUUUUUAUUGUUUACGAGUUACGACUACAGUGUUGCGUAAUAUCAAUUUCAGCGAUUCAGCGCUUCCUUUCGAACAACGUCUACGCGUACGGUGCAUCUGCAAGCGCGCUUGCAGCGGCUGAAUUUGCAUCGUGCGACCUUGAUCGUAGCCGCGAGCCUGCCUCUCACCGGCCGGCUCGAGUCAACGCAUCGAAGUAUAGGAGCGUAUCGUACCUACCAUUUUUAUAUUUUAUUAAUAACACAGUAACACUACUUAAUUAAAAUGUCGCUAAGCGAACAGAGUCUUGAUACUAACCUAAGAGAAUUAACAGCGAAACGUAGCUCAUUUAAAGGCCGACUCACUAAGUUUAAAAAUAACUUAGACGUUUUGUCUAGUUGCAAGUCAAUUUCGCCAGUCGAAGUCAGCAAAUUAUCAAUUAAAUUAAGUCGAUUUGAAACAUUGUUUACGGAUUUCGAUGAGCUACAAACGCAAAUAGAGGUUCUUAAUGUAGAAAACCUAGACGCGGAAUUAAAUAUUCGCGAAACUAUUGAGCAAGACUUUUGCUAUUGCAUCGCGACUGCCCAGCAAUUAAUUGAUACGAAUUCUACUCCAAAGAAACAAAAUAAUUCUUCGCAUUCUUGUCAUGAUCACGACGAAUGCGACGGGUUGUUGGGUUUUAAGUUACCAACUAUUAAAAUUUCAAACUUUGAUGGUUCUUAUUACAAAUGGCUGGAAUUUAAGGACACCUUUGUGUCUCUAGUCCAUGAUAAUACUAGAAUAAAAGAUAUACACAAGUUUUAUUAUUUGAAUUCAUACCUAGAAGGAGAGGCCGCCCGCGUGAUAAGUAAUUUGGAAGUAAGUGAUAAAAAUUAUAGUAAGGCAUGGCAGCUUCUCUGCGAGCGUUAUGAUAACAAGCGCCAAUUGAUAAAUAAUCACUUAAAGGCUUUGCUCAGUGUAGAUACGGUUCGCGAAACCGAGAAAUCUUUUCGUUUUAUUAUAGACCAUGUCACUAAAAACUUGCGUGCCCUUCACACAUUAGGGUUGCCUACUGAAAGUUGGGACAUGCUUAUAAUUUUUCUUAUUUCCCAAAAGCUAGACCCCACCACAAGUUUGAAGUGGGAAGAAAGCAGAAGUUCAUUGAAGGACAUCCCUACACUAGAUGAUUUCUUCCAAUUUCUAAAAAAUAGGGCAGAUGUAUUUGAGACAAUUAAAAGUAAACAUCGCAGUUCCCUUGAACCCUCACCAAAGGGUAAAAGGGAGUUUACUAAAUCAUUCUCAGCGACAAGUUCACCUUCUAAAUCUAAAGUUAAUUUUGUCUGUCCAGUUUGUAAAGGUAAACAUCGUAUUUACGAGUGCUUGACCUUCAAGAAUAAAUCUCCAGAAGAUAGAUCUGCACUCGUAUCUUCUCUAAAUCUUUGCCGGAAUUGCCUCCGCAAGGAUCACACCGUGGACCAGUGCCGCCUGCCUGGUGGUGGCUGUAAGACCUGUAACCAACGGCACAAUUCACUGAUCCACGUCAACGUCUCCGAAAGUGAAGAAGAACCAGCACUAGAGACUGUUACCAUGUCAUCCACAUCGGUGACUGAAGUUCUACUAUGCACCGCACUAGUUGAUUUGUUUAAUCCGACCACUAAUGAAAAGGUCACAGUGCGUGCUCUUCUUGACAGCGGAAGUCAGUCCUCAUUCUUGACCACAGCUGUCAAACAAAGUCUUGGCUUACCUUCUCAAAAAAUCGAUACCAAGAUCAUUGGUAUCGGUGACACCAAACUAAAUGUUUUAUCAGAACGAUGUUUAGUCCACAUUAAAUCAAAACAUUCCUCUUUCAAUACGACUAUAUCUUCUUUAGUUUUGCCUAAGCUCACCGGUCAGCUGCCUAAGAUUUCCUUUGAUAUUACAAGAUUGAACAUUUCAAAUUUUCAGCUGGCGGAUCCAACAUUUAACAUUCCCUCUGAUAUUGAUGUUAUUCUGGGCGCAGAGCUGUUCUGGUGUAUCAUUGGCACUGAACAGCAUUCUCUUGGCCACUCAUGUCCUUGCCGAGUCCACCUCUACAAGAAAUCAACACCAACCGACUCGACCGAUUUCAACGGCUGGAGCAGGCGCACCAGCACUUUUGGAAACGAUGGGCUAACGUUUAUGUGGCCGAACUACAAAAGCGCACGAAGUGGCGCACAAGGUGUACAACAUUGAAGGUACACGACCUAGUUUUGCUGAAGGAACCAAGCGCGCCACCACUCUGCUGGCGCCUUAGCAGAGUGACACAACUGCAUCCCAGCGCUGAUGACGUGCCCCGCGUUGCAGACAUCUCCACCGCUCAGGGCAUUGUGCGACGGGCCCUUAAUCGGAUCUGCCUGUUGCCAACUUCUUGCUCUUGAAAGAAUCUUUCAAGGGCCGGGAGGAUGUUCGCGCCGCUAGGAUGUGUGCGUACCUAUAUAUAUGUGUCGAGUGACGUGCCGCGUAUAAAGUGCUCAAAUGAGAACCCCGACAUUCGAAAUGCGGCCAGAUAGACAGCUACGCGCGGCCUGUGCGUCCACCAUGUUACUUAUUCUCAAUUCUGUACAGUAGUAAUAAAAUGCCUUUUAAACAACAUUAGUUGUUAUUCGAGCUUGUUCGACACCUAUCCU